UCCCAUCACCGCCUGGUGAACUGACCGACCAGAGUACCCGCCCAACCGCCUGGCGACACGACGCUGAUAUUGCCCGACAACACCGCUGGAUAUUAUCCGCAGCGUAAUCUCUCCGUAGAUUAAUCCCCUGGUAAUUUUGCACCCCGUCCAUCCGAAUUUCCCAAUUGACCUCCUUAAUCAAAUCCACCGAGAAAGAACGAAUCCUCUCUGUCGCUCGCCCUCUUCUUCUGUUUUGUGGGGCUCUUUGAGGAUUUUUUGAUUUGGGGAGGAAUAUGGGGGACAUGUACACCAACAUCGUGGAUUUCAUGCGGCGGCCGGCGGUGGUGGAGACGCUGAUCGAUAUUUUGCUGUGCGCCGUGCCGAUCUGGGUGGCGGUGAUGAUCGGGCUGGUGAUUGGGUGGUCGUGGCGGCCGCGGUGGACGGGGCUGUUGUUCCUGGGGAUGAGGAGCAAAUUCCGGUUUCUGUGGACGGCUCCGCCGGGCCUCGGGGCCCGCCGGCUCUGGCUGGCGUUCACCGCCCUCUCAGCCUUCUCCGUGUGCCGGAAGCUCUGGUCCAGCUUCAAGGGGAAGGGCGAGGGGUCGCCGGCCCCGGAGGACUCGGCCUCCCGGCCGGCGGUUUCCAUGUCGUCCGCGGACGAGGACGGUGGUGGUAGCUUCAGUGGAGCUUUCAAGGGUGGGCAUGAUGUUGUUAUUGAGAAAGAUUUGGAGCAUCUAUUGCAUCUUUUGGAUGGUAAGGCGGGAGAUGCAGUAUGGCAAAAUCAGAUGGAACGCACCACACCAAACAUGAUAUACCAAGCUUGGCGCCAUGAACCUGAGGUGGGCCCCAUAAUUUAUCGCAGCAGAACUGUAUUUGAGGAUGCAACUCCUGAAUUGGUCAGAGAUUUCUUCUGGGAUGAUGAUUUUCGACUUAAAUGGGAUCCCAUGCUCGUGUACUUUAAAACUUUGGAGGAAUUCCCUGAGAGUGGAACAAUGAUUGUUCACUGGAUAAAAAAGUUCCCAUUCUUCUGCAGUGAUCGAGAAUACAUAAUUGGUCGACGCAUAUGGGAGUCUGAAAAGACUUAUUAUUGUUUGACAAAGAAUGUUCCUUACCCAGCUUUACGCAAGAACGAAAAACCAAGGCGUGUGGAACUGUAUUUCUCAAGUUGGCGCAUCAGAGCAGUGGAGUCGCGAAGACAAGACGCGCAACUUUCUGCAUGUGAAGUAACUCUUAUUCAUUACGAGGACAUGGGCAUUCCGAAGGAUGUAGCUAAGGUUGGUGUUCGUCAUGGAAUGUGGGGAGCUGUUAAGAAACUUCAAUCUGGUAUGAGAGCGUAUCAAGUAAUGAGAAAAACAGAUGUAACCCUGUCCAGGAGUGCACUAAUGGCACGCGUCACCACGAAGAUUCCAGUUGAUGGAAGCAUCGGACUCUUGGACUCAGAACCGUCCCAUGAAUCAGAAACAGGUAACAAUGAUGAUGUUAUUGAGGUACAUCACGGAAUUGACUGGAAAUGGGUUGUUAUUGGUGGAACGGUGGCCGUUGUCUGUGGGCUUCAGACCGGUCUUAUUGGUAAGGCUCUGUUAUUUGGAGCUGCAAGGAGGCUUGCAAGGAAGUGAGAGUGACCUUCCGUCCGGAAUGUGUUUUGAGGGACCAAUCUCUGAUUCCUAUUUAAAUACGGGAAUGUUAUAAAUGACGGUAAAGCUGCUUAAAUAUGAUAUUUUAUAUUCAGGAUUAUAGCUUUGUGUUGCACUGGUUUGUAUGAUAUUCUCAUCUUAAUUUAUGAUAGUAUAUACCUAAUAGUCUGCUAA